AUGUUGGAUAAAGGCCUAGCAUGUAACCUUUUUCCGGUUCGUCCUUCGCCAGGUGGUAGGUCAUCGUCUUUGCCUAACCGUAGUGGCCUUCAACACAUCCCUCUUACAGGUGGUUUUGUACCAGGAGCCAGGUCAUCACCUUUGCCUGAUCCUAGUGGCCUUCCACGCAUCCCUCUUACAAGUGGUUCAGUACCAGGAGCCAGGUCAUCACCUUUGCCUGAUCCUAGUGGCCUUCCACGCAUCCAUCUCACAGGUGGUUCUGUACCAGGAGCCAAGUCAUCACCUUUACCUGAUCCUAGUGGCCUUCCACGCAUCCCUCUUAUAUGUGGUUCAGUACCAGGAGUCAGGUCAUCACCUUUGCCUGAUCCUAAAGGCCUUCCACGCAUCCAUCUCACAGGUGGUUCUGUACCAGGAGCCAAGUCAUCACCUUUACCUGAUUCUAGUGGCCUUCCACGCAUCCCUCUUAUAGGUGGUUCUGUACCAGGAUCCGGGUCAUCACCUUUGCUUGAUCCUAGUGGCCUUCCACACGGUGGUUUUGUAUCGGGAGCGAGGUCAUCGCUCGGCCCUAAUGGCCUUCCACGCAUCCCUUUGCCGGGUGGCCUUUCACGCACUUUAGUUAGGACGGCAAGGUCAGGAUUCUCAGGGAGUAGUAACAUGGGUGACGUAAAUACCCACAUGGGCUUGACUGAUGCUAUAGCAGAUACAGGGGUGGUACAGAAUAUUGGGAAUGGUAUUGCAUAUGGUUAUGAGAUGACAGGCAACAAUGAAGACCCUGCUAGUGAUUUUUUCUAUAAUGGGCCUGAGCAUGAAAAUGAGCCUGAGCAUGGGCAUGAGCCUGAAUCACCAAUGGUUUAG